CGGGAGAAGGCCCCGGCCCAAAGCCGCCCCCCCGUUGGGAAUGAGAGGCGUUCCAAGAUGGCGGCCGCGGCGGCGGCAACAGCGGCGAGGAGGCGGCCCCUGUGAGGGCGCCGGGGAGGGAAGGCGGGGGAAGCCGCAGCGCCCGAGGAGAAGACGACGAGGAGGAGGUGGAGGAGGCCCUUCCCCCGUUGGCCUGGUGGUGGUGGGGAGAGCAGGAAAAAGGCGAGCCCUGGAGGAGCGGCAGGGACUCCGGGCAUGGCCCAGGUUGAAAGAAGAAAAGGACAUCCGCAUGCAGCCCACGAAGAUCCUCUCUGCUUCAACCUCAGUUAUUUAAGCUGAAUGCAUUGUGAUUUCCAGUAAUUGAGACAGUGAUUCUGAAAGCUGUCUACAUUAAUGAAAAGAACAAUGUAGUCAGCUUAAUUGAAUCAUCAGUGUUGCAUAUUGAAUAGAGCAUGACAAAACCUAUCUUGAUGGACUCCUGCAUGUUAGGAAUAUAGGUUAUAUACCUUUUUAAAAAAAUUAAAGCCUUGUUUUUGUAAGUUUUAAUGAUGGAGAAUUACGAAAGUGCACCUCCCCUUCCGGUAGAGCCAGCAACAGAAGUGAAUGUGGAGAACGCUUCCUGUCCCCCACCACUACCGCCUAAUGAACAGCCUCCACCACCUCCCCUGCAAACGUCCAGUGACGCAGAGGUAAUGGACGUUGGCUCUGGUGGUGAUGGACAGUCAGAGACCCCCGCUGGGGACGCGCACACUGUCGACAGGACACAGCUCCUCACAAAGGGAUCUUCGUGCUACAAAAGUCGUCUUCUCAUAGACCCUAAUAGAGACCAAAGCCCGAGAACUGCUCGUCACGCGCCUUCAGUUAGAAAGUUCACCCCUGAUCUUAAGUUGCUUAAGGAUGUAAAGAUUAGCGUUAGCUUUACAGAGAGCUGCAAAAGUAAAGACAGGAAAGUGCUGUAUACUGGAGCAGAGCAGAAUUAUGAGACAGAUUCAGACUUAGGGGUGAAUAAUGUCAAUGGGGAUGUGCAUGUUUGUCCUUUUGGUGGGGGUAGUAAUGGUCAGGCUACGCACGUAGCUGGUGAAAGUGAUGACAAAAAGGAUGAUGAGAAUGACGUAGAUCAGGAAAAGCGAGUGGAGUAUGCAGUUCUGGAUGACUUAGAGGAUUUUACUGACAAUUUGAUGGAAAUAGAUGAAGAAGGAGGGUUUACAUCUAAAGCAAUCGUUCAGAGAGAUAAAGUGAAUGAAGAAGCCUUGAACUAUUCGUAUGAGGAUGAGUUUGAUAAUGAUGUGGAUGCUCUACUGGAAGAGGGCCUUUGUGUUCCAAAGAAAAGGAGAAUUGACGAGAAAUACGGAGGGGAGAGUGACCAUCAGUCUGAUGGAGAGACGAGUGUGCAGCCAAUGAUGACCAAAAUAAAAACUGUUCUUAAAAGUCGUGGCCGCCCUCCUACAGAGCCCUUGCCUGAUGGAUGGAUCAUGACAUUCCAUAACUCGGGUAUUCCUGUUUAUCUGCACAGAGAAUCCAGAGUUGUUACCUGGUCCAGACCUUACUUCUUGGGAACAGGAAGCAUAAGGAAACAUGAUCCUCCUCUGAGUAGCAUUCCUUGUUUGCAUUACAAGAAAAUGAAGGAAAACGAGGAAAGGGAACAAAGCAAUGACAUAACACCGAAUGGUGAAGUAUCGCCUAUAAAACUCAUGGACAAGUCUUUGGAAUUGGACUGCCAAACAGAGGAGCCGGACUCCACUGCUGCCGAUUCUGGGACUUUAGAUGAGAGAGACCCUCCUGGCGGGGACGCAGCACAAGGAGCCUUAGGUCAAGUUAAGGCCAAAGUUGAAGUGUGCAAAGAUGAAUCGGUUGAUCUUGAAGAUUUUAGACAAUACCUUGAAAAGCGUUUUGAUUUUGAGCAAGUAACUGUCAAAAAAUUCAGAACUUGGGCCGAGAGGCGACAGUUCAACCGCGAGAUGAAGAGGAAACAAGCCGAGUCGGAGCGGCCCAUCUUGCCAGCCAAUCAGAAGCUUAUUACCUUGUCUGUCCAAGAUGCACCUACAAAGAAAGAGUUUGUUAUUAAUCCCAAUGGGAAGUCUGAAGUUUGCAUCCUGCAUGAAUAUAUGCAACGAGUCCUAAAGGUUCGCCCUGUUUACAAUUUCUUUGAAUGUGAAAACCCAAGUGAGCCUUUUGGAGCCUCGGUUAUUAUCGAUGGAGUGACUUACGGGGCAGGAACUGCAAGCAGCAAAAAACUUGCCAAGAAUAAAGCUGCCCGAGCUACACUGGAAAUCCUCAUUCCUGACUUUGUUAAACAGACCUCUGAGGAGAAGCCCAAAGAUAGUGAGGAGCUAGAGUAUUUUAACCAUAUCAGUAUUGAGGACUCACGGGUAUAUGAACUGACCAGUAAAGCUGGACUCUUGUCUCCAUAUCAAAUCCUUCAUGAGUGCCUUAAAAGAAACCAUGGAAUGGGUGAUACGUCCAUUAAGUUUGAAGUGAUUCCUGGUAAAAACCAGAAGAGCGAGUAUGUCAUGACUUGUGGGAAGCACACCGUGCGAGGCUGGUGUAAAAAUAAGAGAGUUGGAAAACAGUUGGCAUCUCAGAAAAUCCUUCAGCUGCUUCACCCGCAUGUGAAAAACUGGGGUUCUUUAUUGCGCAUGUACGGUAGAGAGAGCAGUAAGAUGGUUAAGCAGGAGACCUCUGAUAAAAGUGUGAUAGAACUUCAGCAGUAUGCCAAAAAGAACAAGCCAAAUCUACACAUUCUGAACAAGUUACAGGAAGAAAUGAGGAAACUGGCACAAGAAAGGGUAUUUGAAAGUACUUUGUGGCCAUUUCUGAACAUCUCUGCCCACCACGAGUACCAAGUUCUGUCUAUAAUGAUGGCUGGAUUCUUCUGUUCUAGGAGGAGACACGGAAGAAGCCCAAGAUGACGAUAGUGGAGUCUGCCCAACCUGGUAGUGAGCCUCUGUGUACUGUUGACGUGUGACUAGAAAACUUAAUUGGGGAGCAAUAAAACAAAUGGAGAUCUCGGUCAUCCCCCCCCCCCCACAACUAUUUAAGAAUUGGUUUGCUUCAGAAUGCAGAAUAACGUAACAAUCCAAGCUGCUUCAAAUAUGCAUUGUUCUUUUGCAUCAUCAGGGCAAUAGUACUUAAACUUUUGAGUUGUUUACCUCCGAUGUGUCCAUGUAUAUGAGAGAGCAAAGAUCUCUGUGUGGCCCAGUGCUCAGAGGGCAGGCAGGGUCAUGCAAAAUGAGCUGAAGCAAGCUCUCGGUCAUCUCCCCCCCACCCCCCGCCCGCCCCACUCCAAGUCCAUGCUGUUUUGAAUGGAUGUGCUUAAGGAUCAAAUCCAGAAUGUCUUUGUAAAGGGUGGCGUGAAUGUAUAAUAUAGGAAUAUAAUUGUACACUCUCUUGUAUGAAUAUGCCGACAACUAUUUUUCUGAAGAUUUGCAUUUCAGCAUGUAAUAAUAUGCACUGAUGAGACACUUUUGAAAGCUGCGUUGAGUUGGGGUGGGGGGGGAGUUGAAAAGCAAAUGUUCCCAAUGCCAUAAAGGUGAAGCCAGUCGUGGUGUUUGGUUUUUGUAUUCUUGCAGUCUUGGGAAUCUUAGCGUCCUGGCACUCCAGUAUUCUUCUUUAGAAAAGAAGGGUACCUGGCAGUAUUGAGCAUCGUGGUGUCCUUUUGAAUUGGGUCUUGUUUCUAAAGCAUAGGAAGCCGCAAUGGUUUACAUGCAAGAUGUCUGUAAAAACAGAGACACACACACACGGCUCUUGGUUUGCCCACUGUCAUGAAUUUCAGGUGUCUUAAGGUGUGAUAGGCCAGGCAUCUCUGUCCUGCGACUUCCUUUCAGAUUGACAGGGCUUGUGCUAGUAGCACCCUUGGCAAGAUUAAUCAAGAGUGAACUAUGUGUGCAGUAGCAGUGCUUGGUAACUUGCAUCUUCUGUUUUAAGAUCCCAGUUUUAAAAGCAGUCUUGAAUAUAUACUGAUGGUUCAACACUUACAUAGAACUUUCAUUGCAUUUCCCCCACAGAAUAGUUUAUCUAAUCUAGCUGCAUCUUAACUGAGGUUUCAAACUCUUUGCAUCAUAUAUUAAUUUUAAAAGGAAUAAAGGCCCUUUCCUUUGAGACAUGACUAUUAGAAGUCAUGAAAAAAUCACUGGAGUAUUUCUUUUAACAUUUUUUUAACGUUGUCACUGGCUUUGUUUUACUAAAUGUUUAGCAUUUACGGAGUAGUUUCUGCUGAGGAAACUAUUAGAAUGUAAAUUUGGGGUGCAUCAGAGAGGACUCUAGCGAGGUCUUCUGGACAAAGUUGUAUUAAAAUGAAAUAAAGAACACAAAUAUGCAAAUUUUGUCUUUUUAUAUAGAGUUUCUUAAGCUGUCAGUACUGGGGUGUGUCAGGUAACACAAUAUUUUGAUCACCAAAGCACUGUUCUGUAAUGGUCAAUGCAGCCCCAUGAUUUAUCCUAGAAUUACUUGUACAACUAGAGGGGAGGAUAGAUAUUCACUUCAGUGCUGCUGCUUUCCGUCCCUUUCUCGGAAGUUUAUCCCUGUACAAUGUCGCUAAAUUGGCAGUGAUGAGAUAUAUGUGUCUGUCUUGUUUCCCAAACUGGAAUGUUAACCAUGAUUUACACUUGGCGGCAUUGAAAAAAAUCCAUAAUAUACUGGUUAACAUUGAAUGGCUCAAUUUAAGAUCUCAGUGGGUAAAUACAAAUCCCGUUUGCCAAGUGAUGUAGUCACUUCAUAGGAUAAUACAGAUGAUUGCCUUACCAAGAUGUAGUUUUGCACCCGAUCAGAAAUCAGAGUAGUGGGAAUAAGUUAUCACUUGGCAAAGGGUUGUCUGGAUUCACUCGCUGUUCCUUGCUACCAGUAUUGAGAGCUCAGCCUGGCUUUGGUAGGCUGCAUAUAAGAUACAGUGCAAUCAAGCUGGAAGUCUCCCCUUUUGCUUUAUACAAUGAAACUGAGCAUCUGUCCAAGCUGGUGAGGUGCUUAGAGCCACAGGAAGCAGACGACUACUUCAAAGCUCCCAUUUGGAAGCUGCUUUCUAGGACACCAUGCUACCCCUGGUAACUCUUGGUGGUAGAAGCAGGGCCUGUGUAAACACUGUGACUUUUCACUUCUAUUAUUAGAGUUUAUUGAUUCCCCACCACCACCUAUAUCUAAACACAAUAUUUGCAGUGACUUUGCUCCUCUGUAACUUUAUUCAGCACAUUGCUCCUGCAAUUCAUGUAACAAAUGAAGUAGGAACGUCUUGGUUUUAAAUGCACUGCCUUUUUUCUAUGCUCUUAGGUUGGCUUCACAUGACUGCCUGCAAAAACCAAGCCAGGAAUUGUUGGGAACUAAGAGCACAUGCUCCCAGCAAACAUGAUGUUCUGAAUCCACUGGAUUCCCAAGAUUCACCCGACAUUCUCCCAAGAUCCUCUGCCUCUCUGUAAGCUGUAUUUGAAGGUGGGUGGAGAAUGCCCGGUGAAUCUCUGGAAUCCCGCACAGGAAAUGGACAGGCCGGUUCAGACAUUAUGCCCACCAGAAAUGCACAUGCUCUGUUCCUGGCAUGUUCCCGGCCUCAGGACUGGCUGGCGGUCAUGUGAAGCCGCAUUUAGUCUAGCUUGAGUCUCCACCUUCUCCAAAGCGUACAUCAUUGAUGUAUUUCAACUGAGCGGUUGUGAAUGACUGAAGUCAGGUGAGGCUUUCUACUAUGCCUUUUAUUAAGUAGGUUUUAACAUUUGCUUCGUUUCUUGCUUUUCCAGGGAUGGGGGGUGGGGAUGCUGUCAAGGCAAUUUCACAACGCAUUUUAAUAUUGCGCCCCCCCCCAAAAAAAACCAUCUGCAGGGUAUCCAUAGAUACCUCGUUCUAAAAUCGCUUAUUGCUAAGAACAUUACCCCAUUGAUCGUUUGGCUUUACUCUUCUCUUACCUCAGUCUGCCACAGUCUGAAUCCUAAAAAGUGAUCACUGCCCAGAAAGCAUCCUGAGAUGUCAUUGUGAACCAAAGGCUAGUACAAAUUAUGCAUUCUCUUUUUACAAAAUUUUAAAAAGGUAUUUUGAUGUGCUGCAGCCUCUCUUUGGCAAGAUGUGCAGACAAAGCGCAAUAACUGUUGGAACAAACAAUGUAACUGCUGUUUGUCACUGUGAAGUAUUCUUGUACUCGGAUGAUGUUUACUCUUGUUUGAAGUGUACCAGUCUUGCAUUUGCACAUAAGCACAAGCUACUCCGAUAGAGGGUAGAUCGUUGCAUUAACUUCAGCUUCUGCAUGAAUUCUUAUGCAGCGUGAUUCGAGACAUAUCUGCAAACUGUUGCGUAACUCUUGUAACCAUGUGGUUUUUCUAGUUAACCAACUGUAAUGAUUUUGGUCUUUAAGAAAAUGUCUACAGCAAAACCUGCUUCAGCCCUUUGUUCAUGCAUUAGGUCAAUAAGUUCACCUGGAUGGGCUUUAUAAUAAGCAACUGUUCCAUCCUCUGGAAAUAGCUUUUGCUUUGCAUAUUAUGUACCUUUUGGCGGAUGUGAGAUGUUUGGCUCCUAGGAGUGGUAUUUUGAAUAUUUAAUGCUGGAUGGAAAGUUAUUAACUUCGGUGGGAAAUCGAUGCCACCCAAUCUGAUAGCCAGUGGCUCAGCGAAAGCUUUCUUCACAUUUCUAGCAAUGAGGUACCAAGCUGCUGGAAGCGAGUCUCAGAAAAUGCUAUUCCAGCAGCUGUCACACUUGAAACAUUAUUUCCAGCUCUGCUUAGAUUUACAGUAGUCUGGUUCUGCUGAGAAAACCCAGGAAUUAAUAGCUGCCUGUAGUGUCUGUGGGAACAGUUUCCAGUCUAAGUCGGUCAGUGCUACUUGGAAUUUAGUAAUCAGUUACAGUAUUGUAUAUUGAAAAGGAAUGUGACCAACCUGAUGUUACUGGUUGCUGUAUGAAUUGUGUGUUGAGUGCAGUUGCUUGAUGCCAGUGCUCAGUUGGUACAACUAUAAAGCCUCUUUCAUUGAGCCUCUGGUCUUAGGUCUUUGAGUACUUGUGUUUUUUCUUUCCCCAAAAAACAUUAGUUUUGAGCAAUAAAGUUUGAUAUUACAUGAA